AUGCAAGAAGUAAUUGGCACAGCUAUCGCGUUCUCCCUUCUUUCCAAUUGUGCGAUUUCUUUUUGGGGCGGUGUGCUCAUCACAAUCGUCGACACAGUCGUUUUCCUUUUCCUCGACAAGUAUGGCCUUCGAAAGUUAGAAGCAUCCUUCGCAGUUUUAAUUACGACAAUGGCGUUUUCCUUCGGCUUCGAGUACGUCCAAGCUGCGCCCGAUCAAAAAGAAGUUGUUUGCGGCAUUGUCGUACCUCACUGCACCAAUUGCGGAGUUCCUCAGCUGGCACAAGGAAAAGAUUAA